AACAUACAUGAAGACAUGAUGAUUCAUUGAUACAUCUAGUCUAUAUAAGGCACAAAAUUAAGGCACCCAAAAUUCACUUCUCAAAUACAAAAAACCUCUCUUGCUAACUUCCCUGUUUUUGUUCCUUUGCCAAUCUUUCCGGACCCUCCGAUCUUCUCUCUCCUUUCUCUCAACUGUCGUUGUAAUCGAGGAAGAGACUUGCAGAAAACUUGAGAGAAGAAAUUUUCAUCUGUAAAAAUAAUGGCUUCUUCUGUAAAGAAUGUAGGAAUUCUUGCCAUGGAAAUCUACUUCCCUCCUACUUGUGUUCAACAGGAAGCAUUGGAGGUUCAUGAUGGGGCUAGCAAAGGAAAGUACACCAUUGGACUUGGACAAGAUUGUAUGGCAUUCUGUACUGAUGUGGAAGACAUUAUAUCGAUGAGUUUGACAGCAGUGAACAAUCUCCUAGAGAAAUAUCAUGUUGAUCCCAAGCAAAUUGGUCGGCUGGAAGUAGGCAGCGAGACUGUCUUGGACAAGAGCAAAUCUAUCAAGACAUUCUUGAUGCAAAUUUUUGAGGAACAUGGAAACACAGACAUUGAAGGUGUGGACUCAACCAAUGCAUGCUAUGGUGGAACUGCUGCAUUAUUUAAUUGUGUAAACUGGGUGGAGAGCAGUUCAUGGGAUGGACGCUAUGGCCUUGUUGUAUGCACAGACAGUGCGGUCUAUGCCGAGGGAGCAGCUAGACCCACUGGAGGGGCAGCUACUGUUGCAAUGCUUGUGGGCCCAGAUGCCCCCAUCGCUUUUGAAAGCAAGUUGAGGGGCAGCCAUAUGGCUCAUGUUUAUGAUUUUUACAAGCCCAACCUAGCCAGUGAAUAUCCUGUUGUUGAUGGGAAGUUGUCACAAACUUGUUAUCUCAUGGCGGUUGAUGCUUGCUACAAACAUUUCUGCAGCAAGUAUGAGAAGUUUGAAGGCAAGAAAUUCUCUAUUGAUGACGCCGAAUAUGUUGUAUUCCAUUCUCCAUACAACAAGCUAGUGCAAAAGAGCUUUGCCCGAUUGGUGUACAAUGAUUUCUUGAGAAAUGCUAGCUCCAUCAAUGAAGACGCUGGGGAGAAGCUUUCCCCAUUCUCCAAUCUGUCUAUUGAUGAAAGCUAUCAAAGCAGGGAUCUUGAAAAGGUAGCUCAGCAAGUUGCGAAGCCCUUAUAUGACAAGAAGGUUCAACCGACCACCUUGAUACCAAAGCAAAUUGGGAAUACAUACACAGCAUCCCUAUAUUCAGCAUUUGCUUCCCUUAUUCACAAUAAACACAGUGAAUUGGCAGGCAAGAGGAUCAUAAUGUUCUCUUAUGGAAGUGGUUUGACAGCUACAAUGUUCUCAUUCUGGCUAAAUGAAGGGCAGAAGCCCUUCAGCUUGUCCAACAUUGCAGCAGUCAUGAAUGUUGCUGACAAGUUGAAGUCGAGGCAUGAGUUCCCACCUGAGAAAUUUGUCGAAACCUUGAAGCUAAUGGAGCACAGGUACGGGGCAAAGGAAUUUGUGACGAGUAAGGAUACCACCCUUUUGGCUCCGGGUACUUACUACUUAACCGAGGUAGACUCUAUGUAUCGAAGAUUCUAUGCCAAGAAACCCGCAAAUGAUUCUAAUGGCACACAAGAAAAUGGUUCAGUUACCAAUGGUCACUGAUGCUUGAGGGUAGUUAUCCGCCCGUAAUUGCUGCAACUCUGAAGAGUGAUAGUCUUUUUGGAUGUUUGCAGCAUUGGGUGGAUACUAUGCUGUUAUAAAAUCAGCUGAAAUGGUUAGAAAUAUUGUUUGAUCAUGCAAAAUGUUGCAUCCUUUUCUUACAUUUUAAUAUUAUUCAUUCUGGUAGUGUGAACUUGUAUUGUGCUUCUUUAUUCAAGCUAAUUUAUUUAGAGUUAAUAUUGUUUCAAACUAGAAAUGUAUUGUAUGUUUGGUAAUUAAUAGACAGUUUAAGAAAAUAAAAUAGUUGAGAAGCUGUCAUUAU